GGUACAGAAGGAAAGCGGCCGUCUGCCAGUCUCUCCCACACAAACAAGACCAAUCUUCGGCGAGCCACCGGCACAUUCUCACAGCGGAGCGGCGGCGGAUUCAAAGAGAGGAGACGAGAAGAUGGGCGGCGGCAUGGAGGUGAACAGGAACCGGUGGAUCGAGGAGUGGGGCGCCGACCGGGAGAACCUCGAGCUCAAGUUCCGCUUCACCCGCCGCAGCCUCGCCAUCAUCGGCAUCUUCGGCCUCGCCGUCCCCAUCCUCGUCUACAAGGGCAUCGUUCGCGAAUUCCAUAUGCAGGACGAGGACGCCGGCCGGCCCUACAGGAAGUUCCUGUGAGCCUCGCCUCCGGUGGAUUUCGAGAACCGGGCCGUCUGCCGGGCCUCUGCCGGGGAGAUGGAAUCGCCGUUCGGUUUGUUCCCGUGCUGCUGUAAUCAGAUCGGAGUAUUUUCGAAUUCACAAGUUGUUUGGUAUCUGUUCAAUAAGCUGUAAUGAAAUGCUAUGCUUUCAACUCCUGAAACCUGACCAGUUUGAUUUCGAUAAUUUGAGGUGAAUAUUUGUGUUA